UGGACCCAGAAACAGCCCCAGGAAGAGGUGAGGACAAGAGAGAAGACUUCUUUAGCUUACAAGAGGAAGUGGACCCGAGAGACACACACUAGAGGUCAGAAAACAGUCAUGUAGAAGGAAAGAGAGCAGCGAGCUACAGUGAGCUGCAGAGCCCGCACGCACCCCAGGGCACAGGAAGUUGGAGGCUGAGCCUCCAGCCAGUGUGGGGUGGGGUCAGCCUGAGCCUCUUUCAGCAGCUAGGGCCUCAGCGGAUCCUGUCUGUUGGUUCUGGGACAGCGGCCUGCCUGGGCCUGAGGUACAGGGCCCAUGUCUUGACCAGAAAACCUCAGCUAUGUCCAGGCAGCCUGUGGCAGGCUGCUAGAGGUAGCCAGGAUGGGAAACAUGUGCCACAAGCCCUGUACCAAGAUCUAGCCAAAGACCCUUAAUAAAGCAGCACUCUGGAGGCAAAGUCAGGCAGAACUCUGUGGGUUCAAGGUCAGCCUGAUCUACAUAGUGAGACCCUGGCUCAACUCUAGCACACGAGCUUACCCUGUGCUAGGCCAGGGGUGGCCUGGUCCUAGAACCUAUUACUACUUCCCAAACCCUUCCAACAAUGAUGGCCAACACCCAAGAGAAUGUUGUGGGAGGUGGGGCUACACAAGGAACUGACUUACCCCAGGGUAGGUGGAGUUCAGAACUUGGGGGGACAGGGAGGAAGAUGUCUCAAGGGAGGAGUUUAGACCAAGUUGGCACUAGAGGAGUGCUUUCUCUGUUGGUUCUGGCUUGGCGCCUUACUCUGCACAGACCUCUUUGGAAGUCGGAGGAAGAUGGACAUUCAGAGGAGCUGCCCUGGCCAAGGGGUUGGAGUCCCUUGAGCUCACAGGACAAGAGGGGACAUUUUCCCAAACAGCAACUUCUGGACUGUGGCUGGGACCUCACCAAAGAGCGCCCUAACUGCUAAGCACCCCUCCCUCUGGGGUGUGCCCUGCCCCUCCCUGACUCACCCCAAGGAGAGAGGGGAAAAGGGAAGAAAGGAGAGGCACUCACUGACUACGGAAGGAAAGGGAAGCAGAGGAGGAGGAGGAGGAGGAGGAGGAGAGAAGCCACGUAGGAGUGGGUGACAGAAAAGACCAGAGAGGUCAGACCUAGGGCAACUCUCUAGGGCCGGGGGGAGAUCAAGAGAGGGCAAGCUGAGCAUCCCAAGAAGUGCCCCAGCACAGGACCCAGGGGCGGGGAGCCAAGGGGGCGGGCCGGCUAUGUCCCACGGGACCUACUAUGAGUGUGAGCCGCCUCGGGGUGGCCAGCAGCCACUCGAGUUCUCAGGGGGUCGAGCCGGGCCCGGGGAGCUGGGGGACAUGUGUGAGCAUGAGGCCUCCAUCGACCUCUCUGCCUACAUCGAGUCCGGGGAAGAGCAGCUCCUUUCUGACCUCUUUGCCAUGAAGCCAGCGCCUGAAACCCGAAGCCUUAAGGGCCCAGGAACCCCUUCGUUCCCCCACUACCUGCCGGCUGACCCUCGGCCCUUUGCUUAUCCCUCACAUACAUUUGGCCCAGAUAGGAAGGCUUUGGGGUCUGGCAUUUACGGUAACCCGGGGAGCUACGACCCCAGGGCUGUGGCCGUGAAGGAGGAGCCUCGUGGGCCAGAGGGCAGCCGGGGCACCAGCCGAGGCGGCUACAAUCCCCUGCAGUACCAAGUGGCACACUGUGGGCAGACAGCGGUGCAUCUUCCCCCGGCGCUGGCAGCACCUGGCCAGCCCCUCCGCGUCCUCAAGGCCCCAGUGGCUGCAGCCGCCCCUCCGUGCAGCCCCCUUCUCAAGGCACCCUCCCCAGCUGGGCCCUCCCACAAGGGCAAGAAGGCCGUGAACAAAGACAGCCUCGAGUACCGGCUGCGACGGGAACGCAACAACAUUGCAGUGCGCAAGAGCCGGGACAAGGCCAAGCGGCGCAUUAUGGAGACGCAGCAGAAGGUGCUGGAGUACAUGGCCGAAAACGAGCGUCUGCGCAGCCGCGUGGAGCAGCUCACCCAGGAGCUAGACACCCUUCGUAACCUCUUCCGCCAGAUCCCUGAGGCCGCCAGCCUUAUCAAGGGUGUGGGGGGCUGCAGCUGAGCCUGCCCUGGCAGACUGUGGACACCAGACCCUGAGGACCCCCACCCUCCUAGGUCCCCAGAGUCCUGAACAGGCCAAGCCGGAAACAGCGAUCAUGGACGAUGGCAGCCAGUAGCUGGGAAGGUCGGGACCGUAAUGAUUCUGUGGCUGAAUAAACGGCACUGUGACUUGAUGCUGGAGCUGUUCACUGGGUCUGGGGCCUGGGCCUGGCGGGAGUGCUGUGUGUAUACUCGUGGAAGACCCCCGAGGGCAGGGAAUACAUGUGGCUAGGUCCACAUAUUCUUGUCUCCACGUCCAAAUGAACAUCUAGUAAACACUGCCUAGAGUUUGCUAGUAAAUACACCUAGUAAACGCUGCCCACAGCUCUCUCCAUCACAUGCUCCAUGUCCUUCCACCCACCCACUUGGUCCUUUGUAAGGUGAACGCAUGCUUGGUACCACCACUGUGCAUGCCAGCACCCCUGGAGCAGCCUCUGCAGAUUGUCUUGGAAGAAUCUG